AUAUUUCAUGUGCUCAGAGCUCCUCACGUUUGGAUUUAUGUCAGAUGUUUCACAGGCAUCUUCCUAUUCAGAAACUGCAAAGAAAUCAACCUAAAACACAAAAAGGGUAUUGAUGGAUUCAAUCCAAGCUUUCAGAGGAGGCUAUGAAAAACCCCCCAAGAUGAUAUCCUCCACAUCAAUAUGGAAGCGAACUCUUCUAUUCUCAGCCAUAUCAAUUCUCGCAGUAUGGGCACACUUCAAAACUCCUGCAAAAGCAGUGGACAUAAUCGUCAUAAACACAGCAAAAACAAAAGCAGGGGGGAAACUAUUUGAAGCCAUAAUUGGAGAGGACAAAGGUAUCUUUCUUGCAAAACAGGCCAGUGACUUCGUGCAGAAUCUUCUCUAUUCAAAUCCAAAAUACCCAAGAAAAAAUGUUACACAAAUCAUUUUAUCUAUAGACAAUUACACAAAAAUUGCAGUGACUGAUGAAUAUGUGAUACAUAUCAGUGAUGAAUAUAUUGCAGAUUAUGUUGGAGAUUUGGAAGGAGAAAUCAUGGGUUUGAUCUACAGAGAAAUGGGUCGUGUUUGGCUAUGGAAUGGAGGUGGGGAAGCUCCUCUUACUUUGAUUGAAGGAAUGGCUGAGUAUUUGAGAUUAAGUGCAGGUCUAUACCCAUCUCAAACAUAUAGCAAUGCUGAAACUGAUCAUGGUUCAGAUGGACAACAAAUGGCAAAGUAUUUACAAUACUGUGAAAGUGUCAAGAGUGGAUUUGUAGCAGAAUUUAAUGGUAGAUUGGAGGAAAAGUGGAAUACAGAUUUGUUUGCAGAGUUUUCAAUGGAGGAGAAGUGGGGAGAGUUUUUAAUGUCUGUUACUGCUGCUCAGAGCUCAUCUUCUUCUGCCUUCCUUGAAACCCAAAAAAAUGUAAACGAUGUCUCUCCAUUGUUGUAAUUAUUGGGAUGAAGCCAAUCAUUGAACUGAUAAGGUUGGCAUCUUUACUUUUUAAUGAUAUAUCGAUGAAUUUGUAUUAUUUUUUAAUGAUAUAUGGAUCAACUUGUAAUUGUGCUGAUUA